AUGAAGCGAAUGAAUCCACGCUGGAAGUCGCCCCCCAUGUGGCCGUCGGGAGUGGGGAGCAGGCAGCCCUGCCCGCGGGAGUCAGCGCUGCGCAGGGCGGCCAUCAGCGGCAACAUCAACGCGCUGCCGGCGAACGGCGUCCCCACCGGCCGCAGCGUCCGGGUCUUCAUCUGUGCCAACCCCGACGACACAGAGGCGGAGAGGAACGCACUGAAAGAACACGUCUACCCUAAACUACGGGACUUCUGCAGGGAGAACUAUGGCAUUGAAUUCCAGGUGGUGGACCUGUACUGGGGCGUGGAUCCGGAGGAGUGGGACAGUCCAGAGCUGCAGAGACUCAGAAUGAAGCUGCUGGAGGAAUGUCUGAAGACCUCAGCGGGGCCAUGUUUUGUUGGUCUGGUGGGAGAAAAGUAUGGCAGCAUCCGAGUGCCAGGGGAGGUGGAGUCUGCCGAAUUUGAGAUGAUCUUGGAUGCAGCUGUGGAGGCGGGGCUGGACACACACAUCUUAGAGGAGUGGUACUGCAGGGAUGAAAACUCUGUGCCACCCGCAUACUACCUCAAACCCAAAGCCCAGAUGCUCAAGAACUACCAGAACUCUAUGGAGUCGAGCAGCGCAGCCAAGACCAAGAACGACAAGGCCUGGAGGAACGUGUCGGAGGAGAUCAAGAGGAUCUUCAGGACAGCCGUGCUGCAGCUCCAGGAGAAAGGGACCAUGAAGAGCCCUCAAGCCAAGAAAUUUCUCUGCUCUGCCUUGGAGGAUGAACUCGACUUCGCUCUUGGGAAACAAACUCCAGCCUUUCUCAGGAAAUGCGUCUGCUACAUUCGCAAGAUCUCCAACUUCGACCGCUUCGCCAAAAUCCCUGAGAUGACCCGCUACAUGGACAUCGUGGUGAGCGCCGACCGCGUCAUGCGCAAUCAGGAAGCCUACGAACGCCUUCUGAAGGUCCGGGACGAGUUCAUCCCCACCGUCGUCGCCGCCUCCAACCUCCGCGUCUACUCCUCGGUCACGCACUGCGACAUGAAACUGGGCUACUCGCAGGAAGUGGAGAGCAACUAUGUGGAGGGUCUGUGUAAACAGUUCUACGAGGACAUGGUGGACAUCAUCCAGGCCACGGUGCAGCAGAACUUCGACACGGAGACCGACCCGCUGUACGACGAGAUCCUGCAGCACCUGUCGCUGUGUAAAAGCUACUCCACGCUCUUCGAGUUCAAGACCGAGUCGUUGGAUUACAUUCAAGAGUAUCUGAUGCCAUCUAAAGGGAGCAGAACGAGCCCCCUGGUGGUGUAUGGGGGGCCAUGCACAGGGAAGACGCUGCUGCUUUCAGAGGUGGCAAAACAGGCUUACACAUGGCUGCAGACAGAGAUGGGCCCUGAAACAGAUCCAGUAGUCAUUGUCCGUUUUAUUGGCUCCAGCCAGCUAUCCACAGACCUACGCACCCUCCUCCAGAGCAUUUGUGAACAGAUUGCACUAAACUACCGCUGCCUGAUUCACUUUUUGCCUAACAAGAUCCAGGAGAUGAAGGAGCUGCUAAUUAAUCUUCUGGGGGAAUCUUCUUUCCACAGACCCUUGGUAAUUGUUCUUGAUGCCCUUGAGCAGCUCUCAGACUCAGAUGAAGUUCGUAAGCUGUGGUGGCUCCCCAUACACCUGCCUCGGACUGUCCGCAUAGUAGUCUCAACGUUGCCCAAUAAACAUGGCAUCCUGCAGAAGCUUCGGCACCUCAUCCAUGAUGAGGGGCAGUAUGUGGAAUUAAGUCAGAGGGACCGCAAGGUCUGCAGUCAAACGUUAAAACAGCAGUUGCUCGGGGUGAAGAGGAAAGUCACCUCAGGCCAACAGAUCUAUGUAAAUGAGGCACUUGCCAAGUGUACGUUGCCCAUGUUUGUUAACCUCAUCUACAGAGAAGUAGUUCACUGGAGGUCUCACAAAGAUGUGGAUGACAGGUCCCUGUGCUCCACUGUACAUGAAAGCAUAGAACAGCUUUUUUACUCAGUGGAAAACAAGCUAGGCCAACGAUUUGUCUUCAGAGCAUUAGGGUACAUCACAAUGGCCAAGGCUGGGCUAACUGAGGUUGAGCUAGAAGACAUUCUGUCCCUUGAUAAUAUAGUUCUAGGUGAUGUCAUUGUGGCAACGUACCUGAAAAAUCCUUUGCGAAUAUCUUGUGAUUUGGUUGCAAGGCUCAAAGAGGAGCUUGAUGGUUAUUUGGUGGAACGUCAAGUACGCAAUGUCACCUUGAUGGUUUGGGCCAACAGACACCUGCAUUUGAUUGCUCAGAAGCUGUAUCUUAGCAAUGAAGAAGAUGUACACCAAAUGCACAGCCUCCUAGCUGAGUACUUCCUGGGGGCAUGGUCAGGUGGAAGGAAGAAGAUCUUCACUUACGAUAACAACCAUUUCACUUCCCUUAAUAUAUCGCAUCAUAAAAACCCCCACAAUCAACAGUCACACGAAAAAGCAUCCUCUGACAAGUACUCAUAUGACAGACAAACUCCUGAGCAGCCUUGGGUGUUCCAGUGCAACCUUUUGGAGCCAGACAUUUUCUUUGUCAACCACAGGAAGAUGACAGAGCUGGUGUACCACCUUACCAGGAGUGGGCGCACUGAUGACCUCAUGUUCGGUGUCAUCAUGAACUUCAGCUGGCUUUACACAAUGAUCAAGAUUGGCCAGUUUGAAAAGGCUUUAACAGACAUUGACCUUGCUUACAGCUACACCCAAGAAAAAGAACUGAAGUUUCUGGCCACCACUCUCCGCAGCAUCAAGGUGAAAGUGCUGAAAAACCCUGCAUCUCUCUCUGCAGAACUGCAGCAAAGGCUUCUGCCAGUUGUCACCUCCCUCCCCAAGCUCAGACACCUUCUGUUGGAGUGUGAUAAAGAUGGCCCAAAGUACUGCUCCAUUGUGCCUCUCCACUCUUCUAUGGAUGUCACCUACAGUCCAGAGAGGCUUCCUCUGUGCUCUAGCUACAUGCAGAUUGUGGAGGUCUUGCCCACUCUAGCCCCAAACAUAGUCCUUGUAGCACUGGAAGAUGGGUCUGUUAGUACCUGGGAUGUAGAGAGUAGACAGCUUCUUAGGCAGAUCGACACAGCAAGAUCUGUUGUGCUAGGAAUCAGGCUAACGACUGAUGAAAAGUAUCUGGUCGUGGCCACAACCAAAAACACACUACUCAUCUAUGAUAAUCACAAGUCCUGCCUUUUAUCUGAGGUUGAAAUCAAGGGGUCCAAGCAUAGUGGGGUUGCUGGUGGAGUAGCGUUUAUCAAUGGCUUUACUUUGUCCACCCAUCAUGCCUUGGCAUGGCUUGAGGCCAGCAAAGACGUCAACGUUAUUGACCUACUCUACGGUUGGCCCCUCUACCAGUUCCAUUGCUGGUAUGAGGUUACUUGUGUCCAGUGCUCUCCAGAUGGAAUGUAUGCCUUCUGUGGCCAGUACCUCAACACUGCAUCCAUCUUUCAUCUCGGAAAUGGGGAUAAGUUAUCCACUGUGACCUCUGAGUUUUCUGGGGGAUUUGUAAAGUCCAUUCUAGUUCUGGACACACUUCACCAAAUGGUGAUGAUUGACAAUGAAGGAAGUUUGUCAGUAUGGAACACCAAAGAGGUCACCAACCCACGGUUGAUGGAGGACUACGAUUGUAGAGGGGAUGACAGUGAGGUGGUUGGCAUUGAGUUAUCUGAAGACCAGCGCUCCAUUCUCAUCUGCAAGGCCAGAAGUAUUGAGGUUCUGGACACAAAAGUAUGGAAAAUGUUAGAGAAGUUCAAAGCCAAACGUACUGAACGCUUUGUGGCUGCUGUUCUCUCCAAGAAUGGACAAAGCAUUGUGGCCUCCAUGGAAAACACCUCCUCCAUCUUUGUCUGGAGGAGGGACAGCGGACAGUGCAUGGCAAGCCUUAUUGAGAUCUCAGGGGCUAUCGUCAAACUCAUCAAAUCUGUCCACCACAAUAUGCUUCUUUCCGUUGCCAGCAGUGGAGUGCUGUCUGUAUGGGACAUUGAUAUCAUCACCGCCAUGUCCAAUAUUGACAAAACAGGCAAGAAGAUCCAGACCUUGCAGCUAUCAGGGAGAGAAGAUUAUGUGUUUACUAUGGACGGCUCAGAGGCUGUCCACAAGUGGAACUUUGGAACUGGCUUUAUUGAGACUGUCUUUAAGCAUGAAGGCAUAGUGGAGAACUGUGUCCUUAGCUCCUCAGGGGAUCUCAUGGUUACUUCAGAUGACAAGUCCAGCCAGUACAUCUGGCAAACCACAACUGGAGAAAACAUCUUCCGCAUCAACGGGCAAAGAAUAUCACAGCUGCUAAUCACCCACAACGACCAGUUUGUGGUGUCCCUAUGUGAACAGAAUGCUUCCAGAGUCUGGAGGCUUGCAACUGGGCACAAAGUCUGCAACAUUUUAGUCACCCUACAGAAUGCACUGGUCACCACUGCAAACACUUUCCUAGUGGGAACCUCCAAAAACAAGCUCCUUGCUGUCAGCCUGUGGUCAGGCAGCGUUUCCAAGAAAUUUGUUUGUGAUGAUGGCAUCACCAUCGUCAACUUCAAGCUCAUCCCUGACUGCCCUGACUGUGUUGUCUUCAUCACAUCAACAGAGACUGUUAUCAUUUGGAGUGUGGCAGAUGAGUCGGUGUGUCGGAGAGUCCAGCUGCCGACCAAUUCUAAAAAUCUAGAGGACUUCCAGAUCUCACCCAAUGGGAAACUAGGAAUUGUCUCUAAAGGUGACGAGAAUAUUAAUGUCCUGGAUCUUCACAGUGGGAAGCUGAGGCUUGUCAAUGCUGCUGGUAUAAUAUGGCGGCAAAAAUUAUCAAGAGAUGGACGUUAUUUAGUUUAUAUCUGCUUUCGGAACUGUGAUGAAGAUGACGAUGCUGGUGUCGUGUCUAAUCUGAUAGUAAUGCGCCUUGCAGAUGGUAAAAGCAUCGGUACAUGCUCCCUAUACAAGACACCGACCUUCUUGUGUCUUUCCCAGCGAGCACUGAACAUCAUCAUUGGCUUUGAGGAUGGAAGCAUUGGCACAUACACAGUAGUGGACCGUGUGGAUGCUGCCCUCAAGAUAAAGAUAGCCACCUCCAACAGCCGACAGAUUGUCAACAACGCUUCGCAGAAAGUGCGGCCCAAAUGUGGCAACCAUUCCUUUAAGACCGUAGCCGAUUGCACCUGGAGGGAGUCAACAGAAGUCUUCUCCAGGGACAGUCCAAUCAAUGUGUCCGACUCUGGUGAAGGUGAGUCGACCACACCAACAAAAAAGACUGAACUGCUGCAGUGAUUAAAAGGACCAGAAGUGGGUGGAGACAGGCGGGUAGGACAGGCGACAAAGUUUAGAAUCUCUGGGUUUGCAGUUGAUUCUUGUUUACAGCCACGUGAUUCAGCUGCAGAUGUCAGCCCUCUGGGUAGUUAAUGGGCCGACCUUUUAAACGCUGCACUCAAAUGAUGUAUUCCUUACUUCCAACAUAUGAUACAGUUUCUCUUUGUUUUACACACGAAGACUGUUAGACAAAAAACGUUUUUGAAAAGAAGAAAAAUGUAAAUCUGUGAGUUAUUAGUUUACCAUUAUGUGUCCUUUUGCAUUUGAAGAACAAAGUUAUUCAAAUGUCUUGGUGGAACAUUUUCAAAGCCAUUCCAGUGAUCUUAGCCACUUUCAUUGUACACAAUUUUUAGUUUCUUUGUGCACAUUAAAUCAUGAUGUUUUCCUUAAAAAAGAGACUUUAUUUAUGUUUGUAUCAACAUCAGUCAGUACUGUACAAAAAGGAAGAACUAUGAACAUAUGUACAUAUCCCUUUUUGGCUGCUGCAAUUUGUGCAACUCCUUAAAAAUGUUAUGUUGUGCUUAAUGCAAUCAAAGUGAGUGCCUGGAAUUUAAAAUGUUCUUUAUGUGCAGAUUACAAGAUAUGUGAAAAAGCAGGGAAUUUGUAAACACAGUAUACACACAGUUACAUAAUACUUGCAUUGAUGUUAAAUCAGAACAGUAAAUGUACUGAAAACCAGUCAACAACAUGGGAGAUUGAUGGCAUUGCUCUUUGUAAUGAUAGCUGUAGAAACGUCUAGGAACAGUUUACGUGAAUUUGAUGUGAAUUUACUUGCUGUUCCAUCAGUUUGUGUGCUGUUUGUGUUAAGGGAAACACCACUAUUGAGCAUACAGUGUAGCAUAGCACCAUACACAUUCACGCCUUAAACAGUGUUCGCUUUAGGUUUAGUGGAGUUUGUUCAAAUGUUACGGUAGUAAAAAAAAAGAGCGAUUAGCCCAGUGUUUCACAGAAACAAUGUGGUGGAUAUAUUUAGAGGUUCAGACUAUAGAAGGAAGCACUUUAUGGGUGGUUUUAAAAAAUUGUUAGAUUUAUUUAUAUGAAACAUUGUAUAAAAUAAAAAGUUUAAAGUGAUCUAGAGUUGUCUUAAAAUGGGUUUUGGAUUCGCCUGCAAAAUACACAAGGUCAACCUGGUUGCAGGCUACAUCAAAUUGACAUAAAUGCUUAAGUCUCUCUUCAUACGCCUGUAGACAAUAUAAAAACACGUGGCAGAGACAAGAAAUACAUGGAAUCUAACGAGGGUCAGUCAGAAUCUGUGCUUGUUGAAUGAUUUGAGGAAAUCAUUUUAAAACCUUUGGUUAUGAAUCUGCUCAUGCAGAAAAAUAUGCAUGCAUGAAUCAAGAUUGUGAAUGUUAGGUAAAGAUAGUAGUUGACUUUAGAUAAAAUGUAGAACAAAUUGAAUUUAUUAUAAGGAUCUGCAAAACAAUUGCUAUUAGGAAUUCAGAGCAGUUUCUUUUAUGUUUAUAGUACGUACGUUUUCCUUAUUUAAAGCCAAAUGAAUCACCAAUAGUUACAAUGAACAACAAAUGUUCGUCUAUUAAUACUUUAAUUCAAAUCUGCAAUUAAAGAUUAUUUCCAAAAACUAGCAUGAUUUUGAAAGUAGCAUUCCCUCAGUGCUCGGUCUGCACCC